AUGACUUUGUUAUCAUCAUUGCUCUUGUUGUUGGUAGUAGGAGUGACCUCUGUGGAGUCAGUGUCUAGCUACUCCUUUCAUCUUCAUACAUGUUUAUAUCUCUUGAGACACAUGACUGUUGUAGCUGAGUCUCAGGACAGAAACUUGACAGAAAAGACCACGGCGAACAUCCUGGAGUCACCCAAGUAUCCAAUGCAGAAGGGCUCCCUUAACCUUCUGAAGCAGAAAUGGGAGUCCAACGAUGGCCAGAAAAGUGAAUGUAAUGUUGGGGGCAGCCGCUGUAGACGCUUCCAACCCAAAGACAACAAAUUACUUGAGUCUGGAAAUGCUGCAGAUGCAUCAACUGGGCUUUCCAUAGCCCCCAAAUUCAUAUCAAAUCUAGGAGAGCAAAAGAAGGACAUGGAAUCAGUGUGCAAAAUAGAUACUGGACUAGAUGGUGGCCAGAUUGAAGUGAUAAAAGAGGAUAUGAAGGGGGCUCGCCGCAGGAUCGAGCACUUCUCAAUUGCCCUGGAGGAGCUAAAGAGUAUAUUUGAAGCUCCCAGGGGUGCAGCUGGCCUGGCUGGUGGCAGCAAAAAGGUAAGACAUUCCAUUGUAAUAUGUAACCGGCAGGUAACCAACUAA